CCGGCUAAUUCUAUGAUUCUGUGAAAACAAAGUGGGAGGGCACAAAUGGACAUAGCUAAUAAAACCGCUGCUCAGCACAGUGGUGUCUCUCCUGGGCCAGCAGUGACAAGAGACUGGGUGCUAUUCAGCUGCAGCUGUUGAUGAAAGGGAAGUGUCGAGAGUCACACCCAUUUCAUCUGUUCCCGGUUGGCCAAAUAUUGUUGACAGUAGUCAUAAUGAAACCUCAAUUAGUGGCAAUACAAGAAUUGCCAACGCUACAAUAGCAAGCAACUCUUGAAAAAAAUGGUUUCUAUUAUGUUGUUUAGUGGGAAAGUGUCAGUGGAAUUGAAACAUUUCGUUCCAUCUUGUGCUAUUUCCCAUCUAGUGUUUUGCUAUCGCCAGUGGAAGGGACUAGAACUGGUAACACCUUUUCUUGCUCUGCCUGGUUGUUGACAUGUUCCUUUUCUAUGUAGCUAUAAGAGUUUCCAGUUUUUCCCAUUUGGCUAACUACCUUUCUAAAUAUUCAAAAGCUCCAGUAAUAUGCAAAUUAGUUGGAAGAAAAGUUCUUGAUGGAGUUGGUCAGUCAACAUUAGAAGUGGAAAUAUACUGUACAGUUAAAAACUAUGAGAAGAGGAUUUGUUCCACUGUAAUGUCUUGCCAUUCUCAAAUACCUGAAAAUGCUUUACCUGAAAAAAUUGAAGCUGAUGAAAAAGAAAGAAAUGACUCUGUUAAUACUGCUGUGGAAUGGGUCAAUGAGUCACUCAACACAAUGCUGAGGGACUUGGAGCCUACUGACCAGUGUCAAGUUGAUAAGAUGCUUGGUGAAUACUUUACAAACAAGGUAGAAGAAAAAAAGAAAAUUCAAAGGCAAGAAGAAGAAGAAGAAGAAGAAGAAGAAAAAGCAGAAGCCACUCUUGCCCUUCCUCCACGGACUCCAUCCCCAGCAACACCACCUGGGAAAAAAAAAUCAGCAAAACCAGGAAAGAAGUCAUCAGUGGCAGAGAGACCCAUCCCCCCUGCAGAACCUGCUGAGCCGGUGCUGUGUGGCAGCUUGGCCAUUGGGGGAACAUCCCUUGCCAUAGCAAAGGCUGGGGCCACCAUCAGCCACAUCCCGCUGUACUCACAUAUUGCACUGCUGAAACAUGAGCAGGAGUCACCUGAAGAAAUGACUCUACCACUCCCAAUGGUUACUCUGCUGAACUGUGAAAAAAUGUCACCUUCAAAGCUGAAAUUAGUGAAAGAAGUUAUGCUUAUACCACCAGUUCAGUUGUCACUCAAACAGGGCAUAGAAAGAGUUCUGGAUAUUCAGAAGGAAAUGACAAGACUGUUGGAGUCUCCAGGCAAAAUGCCUGGUCCUCAACCAGCAGACGGUAAAAAAGGAAGAGCACAAAAUUCAGGGAAGAAAAGUCUGCCACAGUUCUUAAAAAGAAUAUCACACUUAGGUUGCCUAACAACAGGAUAUGAUGAUGUAGAACAACUGCUACUCGUUAUGCAAACAGCUUGCAGGAACAUAGGUCUGGAGCUAGGAACAGAUGUGUACUUAGCAAUAAAUUGUGCUGCUCAUGAAUUAAUGGAUUAUGACAAAGGAAAAUAUGAAAUACUGACUGGAACUUUUAAAAGCCCUGAUGAAAUGGUUGCUAUGUAUGGAGAACUGAUUGAUAAAUUUCCUUUUAUUAUUGCAUUAAUAGAUCCCUUAAGAAAAGAGGACAGAGAACAAUGGAGUAACAUAUGUUGUGCCCUUGGUUCCAAAUGUUACCUGAUUGCUGAAGAUGCUGCCACAUGUAUUUCCAAACUUAAAACUGACCAAACCAUAAACACACCAGUGUGCAGUGGUGUUGUCCUGAAAUAUGUUAACGAAACCAAGGUAUCAGACCUCAUAGAACUUACUGGAAUUCUCGAUGGUCAGAGACAUAUUACCAUAUUAGGAAGCCCAGAUGGAGAAUCUUCUGAUGACAGCCUCGUGGAUCUGGCCGUUGGACUGGGUGCCAGGUUUAUCAAGUUGGGAGGUCUUUCCCGCGGAGAAAGGGUGACCAAAUACAACCGCCUUCUGGCUAUAGAGGAAGAACUGGCCAAGAAUAGAAAUCUACGUGAAACAAAACUUGAAUUUGUUGCUUUCGCUGAAGAAUCACAGCCAGAAAAUCAACUUUCUGAUGAACUUCCUCCCCCAGAGCAGGAUUAGUUGCCUCCGCAGCUCUUGCAGGUUCACAGCCUGCCUGCUCAGCUCCCAGAGAACAGCACACUGACCCCAGCUGUCAACAUGAGCUUUAGGAUAAAUUUCUAAGAAAAAAUAUUCUAGUCAGAAACUCA